AUGGCAGUAUUGGACGAGGUUCCUCUUGUCACUGCACGUGUUCGAGUAGCCGGAGAGCUCGCGACAGAAUACGACCCUCUUGAUAAUCAAGAAUCCGUGAUCAACCUUGACAAGGAAGGGACCAAGCUCCCUACAAGAAACUGCUACAUCGAAUCCAAGUCAGGUGCUGAGUUUGCCGUCGAAGUCACGGUCUCUGACAAGUACCGACUCCCUCAUUCCCACGACACGCUCAUCGCCGAGGUCUCCAUUGACGGCCAGAUGAUGGAAUCUUGUUACAUAAGGACACCUUUUUCUCCUGGCAUGCCAUCUACCAUUGUCAUCUCAAGCGCUGAGUUCUUAGCAGAGAAAGAGAGAGUGGUUGCCAGAAAAUUUGUCUUUGCUCCUAUUACCAAAACUUCCGAUCACAUCAGUACUGAUCGUCUCAACAAUGAUAUCAAACAAGCAGAAACCUUGGGAACAAUCCGUCUGCUUCUUACCACAGGUCGGUUCGAAGGGCCAUGUUUCAAGAAACCUCUCAGCUGGCACGGCGGACGAGAUGUGGAGUUGGCUGAAAAGGCACUGAAAGGCAGAGCACUAAGCCAUGCAACCCUGCUGGCUGAAACAGACAAGAAACCGUAUCUGAAUAGAUCAACGAUUGGGCACAGGCGCCUACUGGGAGAAAUCUUCUUUCGUUACCGAUCCUACCAAGCGCUCCAACAUGAGAUGAUUAUUCCACGCACUCCGUCACCUAAGCUCUCAGCUACAGCUGGACUUGAUGAAGAUUCCCUUUCUCACCUCUCCGAGAGUGACAUUCGCCGUCUUGCUCUGGAAAGACUACAUGACACUCAGGCCAAGGAUAAGGUUUCUCAGGUCAAACGGGAGGCAGCGGAAAACCCCCGUACGCCUCGGCAAUGGAAGUUUGUGAGACUGGAAGAUGGGAAAGAGGCUGUCGACCUGACAGAUGAUUGAUCUCAGAGUGACAAAUCUCUGCCUCGAAUUGCGAGCGUUUAUGUAUUUAGGGCCCUUACUGUUCUGGAAUCCUGUCGUAAAGAAAGGAGGUCCUAAAAUAUCCACCCAUGGGUAUUGGCGCAGGACGGGAAAUAAAAAAUAAGCCGUCUUGUCAUGUCAGAAAGACAUUUUAGGCAUGUUCAUCAUCUUUUGAUUCGAGUACAUACUCUGCUCUCUCCUAUUGUCCCGUGCAACGUCAGACG